AGGGAAUAACCCUACCUAAAAUUAAACGAAACUGUGCAACAUUUGUGAUUGAAUUUAAAUACAAAUCGAUUGCAGGGAGUAUUUCCUCCUCAAAUGGAACCUACCUUUUUAUAACAACGGGGGACGAUCAAUUAAGAAAAAGAAGCAAAAACCUGGCAGAAUUGUAACGGUGGAAAAAUGGACACCGUCUAUGGGACAAAGAAGUACUUCCAGAGUUUAUCCGGCGUGAGUGAUAUAUACAGGGCGCAGACAUGUCGGCAAAUGAACGGUGCGGAUUAUACCUACCAGAACACAGUUGGCCGGAGGUCCCAGCUGGGGGCGUACUAUCACAUGAACAAGCAGCCCUCGUACACAAAUGAGCACAGUUUGAACAGUCAGUAUGGCUACAAUACGUGGGGCAUUUGGCGGGAUGGCAGGAACAUUGCACCAUCCACCUUUUCGGCCAAGACGAAUCACACGCAAUACCCCAAGAACCGAUCCUUUAGCAUUAUCCUGACCACGGCGGCGUUUAUUGUCCUGCUGGCCGUUAUUUCCAUUGCAGGAUUGGCCUUCUACUUUAGCUCUAUUAAAACCAAUCUGGAGGAUCCUGUUAUGGGUUUUGAGGGUUCCUUCCGCAUUGCCAAAGGAGAUUUGUUCUCCACGGGUCUGAAAUACAACCAUACGACCACCUACAAGCAAAAGAUUGAUUUCUACAAGAGGUUCGUGGAGCGUUCCAUGAUGGAUAAUGGUUUGCAACCACUAAGGACAGAUGUCUGGGGCUUUGGAGAGGGUCCACUGAUAAAGGUCUCAUUCCGGGUGUUUCUCGAUGUCCGCAAACUGCCACAAAACAUUCUGAGUGUAGAAGAGUACAUCAAGGAAUCCCUGUUCCUGGAAACCUCUGCCACCAAGUCCCUAUAUCGCUCAUUGCGUUUGGACACAGAAUCGGUGGAGAUCAAGCGCAUUAUGGAUGAGCAGGUGGUGCGUUCAGCAGCUAUAUUAAAGGAAGCCCAAACGGUGCCCACUAGUCAAACCCAGUUGGAAAAGCGUCUCAUGAAGAAGGGCAGUACGCCACCUUCACCGGCUGCAGUUUAUCCAAAACCUUUGGGAGGUGGUAAUACCACGCCCAAGCCGAAGAAUCCCCUAGUGCGCAGUCAUUCGGCGGAUGAAGAGCCCGAUAUCGAUGUGGAGAAUGCUCCGGUUAUCCAGGGAUCCUUCGAGGGUUCCUUCGAGAUCACCAAGACGGAUGCGGAUAUUGCCAGGAAGAAGACACCGCCCACUCGGGCCUAUCAAUCGAUUAGUACUAGUAGCAGUAGUAGCACCUUGCCACCCAAGGCCAUUGCGGUUACCCCUUUUUCGCUGAGGGUUAAGCCUAAAAAGCCGGGAAUUGAGAAGCUAACGACGGUGCUGCCACAACAGGUGCCCACUGGAGGUCCAAUGAGCACAACUAGAGCAACAACUAAACCCACCAAGGCAACCACAACGACGACAAAGAGAACCACUACUUCUACUACUAGGAAAACUACCACUACUACUAGUACUCCCAAACCCACAACAACUACGACAACAACGGAGGCACCCACUACUACUAGUAGUACUUCAACAACCACCCAACCUCCACCACCUAGCACCACUAGAGAAACCACUACAACUAGCACCACUACUUUCACCUAUCCAUCUGUAACCACACCUUCACCAAAUCAAGGAGGAUCCCUGCCCAAAUUGGAUGCCAAUCUGUUCACCACCUUUCCCAUUUUGGACACUCAACCCUGGAGACCAAUGCAUCGUGAGGUACCGGAGUUACUGCCUGGACCACCGCCAGCUUUUCCCACAAAGACUCUUCCCGGUGGAACCACGCCCACUGUGAAUCACAUACCACAGAGGAGAAUCGAUGAGUUCGAGCUGCCCUUCAUUGGAGACAAUCCCACUCCACCCACGGCAGCUGUGGCGCCAGUUACCAUAGAUCCCUAUAGUCUGGGGUUCCUCAAUCCGGGAUUAAGGGUACAGGAGACGAAACCCAAUCCCCCACAGCAUCAGCAGGAGCAGGACAUGCUUUUCUACCACAACUUUGGCAGUCCCAUCUUUAUGCCGGGCACUGAGAAUAUCGAACGUUUGGGUGGAGCCCUCGUGGAACCACAUCCGCUGCCCGUUCCCCUCAUUGAUGAUGUUAUCAUACCCCCUUUUAAACCCAUUGAUGCUACGAUGGUAAGUGGGGAGAAGCUGCCCUUUAAUUUGGAUGCCAGCAACGAGAGAUUCGAGCAUUUGGGCGGUGGAGUCAUUGCCAAGAAGCCGCAGGAGAAGCUGGAAAAGAAGGAACCACUGGAUCAGCUAAUAAAGGAAGUGAAUCAAACUAAGGAAGCUCAAGAGAAGAAGGAUGAGAAGAAAGAGCAACUUGAGAUUACCACCAAGCAAGAGAUUAAACAGGAGAAAGUGGAGGUCACCACCUCAACCCCAAAGACCCCAGUUAAUUCUCCACCCAAGCCAACCAAAACUCCAGCUUUACCCUCACUGAAACCAACAGAUAAUUCUGUUCUGGCCGAUACCAUAGGAGAAUUCUUCAUGGAGCUACUUAAUCUGCCCAAGGAGGAUAAUACCACCGCUAGUAAAAAACCCAUAGAAGAUAAGCUGGAAUCCAGGAUAGAGUCAGAGGAAGAAGAAACACUAAAAACACCCACUGUGAGCCACUCGAAACCCAACUUUUUGAAUCUCAAGGAGCUCAUUCUGCAGAGAAACACCGCUUCUUCGAUUCUUUCCAAUGAAACUUUCGAAAAGGAUUCUACCACAACGACUACAACACCAACUACAACUACUUUAGGUACUACAACUACAACGGAAGAGCCCCGAACCACCAAAAGAAAUCGCAUUCGCACCACCAGCGAAAGACCCACCAUGAUGGACGACUCCAAUUUGUUUCCCUCCCACUCCAAAUGGGAGUUUGUGAACAGCUCUUCGGCCCAGGGAUUUGGACACAAUUCGAAUAUGAGGAAGGUCUUCAACCAGACCCUGCAGGCUUGGGUCUCCGAGGACAUAGACAAGUCGGAGAACCUGACCCUCAAUGAUAUCAAGACGAGGAUCAAUAAUGCUAGCAAUAUUCAGGAUAUCUCAUUGAUCUUUGAUACACUGGCCUCCAAGUUGGGCAUCACACCCAGUGUUCCCAACAAGUUUCCGCCCUUUUCGCAGAGCAAACUGAACAAGCAGGAUGUAAAAAGACCCAUUUCUACCUCUACAACAACAGAGGUCCCAUUACUCAUCCCAGAAUCUAUUUUACCUGUGGUGAGGGAGCCCUUCAUCAAGCCUAUGUCCAGUUUUCUAGAGGAUGGGUCCUCUGAAGUCCUAGGAGCUGCGAUUCCCGUGAUUGGCGAGGCGGAAGUGGAGGUGGUAGACCCCCUAAACUACGAAGAUUUGCUCAAGAUCUCGCAGUUUGCUGUUAGCAGCACGGAACCCAGUGUCCACCGACUGGUCACCCUGCUGCCAGUGAGAUCGAACUCUGGGAUACGAACCUAUAGACCUCCAGCCGAGGAUGAGGAGACGCCGAGGAGUGCGACCAAUGCUCCAGUUCCAGUUCCUGCUCCUGCUCCCUCUUCCGGAAAGAUCAGCCUGCGGCGCAAGAGCAACCUCAACCAGAGCCGGAGAUUCGGCCAACAGCCACCCGCUGAGGCGGUGGUCAAGGGCGGCAUCCAGGUGACGGUCAAGAAGUGAUCCACAGAGUCGGCCAAAUAGCUUCACCUUUGAGAUUAGCGGAGAAACGAGUUCUAGCUCUCUAUGAACUCUACGAUUUAGUCUAGACCUAGACCACUCUAUAUAUGUUUAGUUAUAAGUAGGGAAUGUAUCUUUAGUUAGGUCGAUCGUGCAAAUAACGAAAUCUUGUUCGAAAAUUGUUUACACACAUUCGAAAACAAUUUUGGAAUGACACUUCCGGCGACUGCCAGUCCUCAGUAUUUAAGACAAACAUCACAUUCAUUGCCUAAGUAUCGAAUCUUUAGUAUACGAUCUUACAAUUUUCGAAUAUUAUUUUUAUCAGUUCAUUGCGAUUCUUAUGUUAAUGUUAGCUAUGGAUUUAAUGUAAUGUUUAAGCUCGAUCUUUGAAUAAAUGUGAAUAAUUUAUUAUUA